AUGUCUGAGCCCCGACGGUCGACGAGGGCGCGCGCCCGCGAAGACGCCGCCCCGGCUGCCCCCGACACGCCCAACGACAAGCCCGCCAAAGCCGCCAAAGCCGCCCUGAAGCGCAAGCGGACCAGCCUCGCCGUCAAAGACGCGCCGCCCUCGACGCCCGUUGCUGAGGGCGCGCCGCUGCCCCCGCGACAGACGCUGCCCCUCCAGCUGGUCGACGGCGCGCCGCUGCCCACACUGCGCGAGCCACAGCCCCUCCACCUUCCAUCCAGCGAAUGGCAGACGAUCCAGCAGAGCCGCGUCCUCGAGACGUCCUUCGAGCGCUCCAAGGCUGUCUGGCUGUCUGGCGCCAACUUCCGCACCUUCCAUGCCCACUUCAACCAGCCCAAGAAGCUGGCCGACCGCACCGACGAGGACAAGGCCAAGACGGCGAGACAGAAGGAGCUGCUCAAGAACUUCCCCCAGGUCGGUGCCGACCGGGUGAGCGUGAAGCUCGUCAUAGAGCCGCACACGCUGCCUAUCCGCCUCUACGGCCCGCGCGAGGUGGGCAGACCAGCACAGAAAAAGCCUCCCGCGCCAUCGCCCUAUGCUCCCUGGCCAAACCACAGCCAGCCCAACCAACACACCAAAUACCAGGGUGGCCAGCCCAUACAGCAGAAGCCCCAGCCACGCCCACCCCAGCCCCCCAAACCUGUCCAGGCCGCGCCUCCGCCUCAGGCCCCCGCAGCCCCCGCCCCCGAUCCCGUCAUACACAUGCUCGCCGCGAGAGCAGGAACAGAUCCCGAGCUGAAGGCUGUCAUGAAGAUAGUCGCCGCUGGCUCGGCAAGCAAGGAGCAGCUCGAGUUCUUCCAGACACACAUCAACGAAUUGACGGCGAUUCUGGCCAGGCAGAAGGAGGAAAAAGCGCCCAAACCAACUCCGCCAACGCAACCCCCCAAACCUACGCCGCCGCCGCCGCCUCCAGCACCGAAACACACAGCUCCUCCUCCGCUUCCCCGCCCAGUCCAGCCAGUCCAGCAGCCUCUGCAGCCCAGCACGCCCAAGCCGUACAGUCCGGUCCCGCCACAGGGACAGAUGCAGCAACCCUCGCCUACACAACAGCCAUAUCCACCCUAUCCGAACAACUUCAGCAAACCGCCGCAAUACCACCCGCCGCCGCAGCUAUCGACCUACAACCCACCCCCGAGGACAACAUAUCGCCCGUUGGUCUUCAGUUUUGUCCAUGGCAGCGAAGACAAGUUUUACUUCCCUUCGUAUAGUUUCAUGGAAUGGCUUCCCAAUGGCACAGGCGCAAAGCUGUCCUUCCUCAUCACCAAGAUGAAGCCAAGGCCGGAUCCAGUCGUCAAACCUCCGUCUGCCUCUGCUCAAAAGUCAAUGCCGACGCCAAUUCCGACUCUCGGUACUGCGACUAAUGCUAUGCCUGACGCACCCCCACCGAACGCCAUCAUACCAACACCCAGCCCCACAAACCCUGCUUUUGCGUCCACACAACCUGCCGCAUCAGCCCCCUCGGCAACCUUCGUGCCGCCUAAACCGCCCCAGCGAAUCGAAGAUUUCGACGAGAUGAAUGAGAUAGACAACAUUGAAUUCUACCAGCCAGUUACUGUCCUUCUACUAAUCGAGCACGAUGAAGGCGACGAAAUCGCGAGCGCCUUGCCGCGCUCGAUACGACCACCGCAUGUCGUGGAGAAAUACAUGAACGAGGUGUUUGAUAAGUGCAAAAGGGCAGAGGAGACGUAUCUAGCCUUCAGACUGCCCAAAGACGGCGAUGAGUUGCCAGAGAAGAGAAUAAGGAGCGGCGACGUGACGCCUGCGGUUGCAACGCCGACUCAGGACGUCGCCAUGGGAGGGAUGGGUGGGUCUGCCAGUAGUAUGGCAGAAAAGAAGAAAGCUGGACGGCCUAAGAAGAGUCUUGUAUGA